AUGGGCUGCCUCUGCUCCAACCCGCUCCUGUGCCCCGCCGCCGACCCGCAUCCGGACACGCCGAGGCAGCCGUUCCUGCCCGGCCUCGGCCCCAUGCAGCGGAAGAUCGACCCGCUGCGGCUGAUGGUGCAGUGGUAUGUGCACGCCGUCAUCCCGACGUACCCCGAGGUUGGCGCGUACAACGAGACCGAGCGCUACGACUGGGACGCCGCCCGGAGGCGCUUCACCGUCACGUUCGAGUUCAACAGCGGCUCGUUCGACGGCCCGCUGCGCGCGGUGCCGCAGGUCGGGUGGUUCGACGCGGACGACAGCUUCGGCACCCUGUGGCGCGUCUCGCCGACGCUCUGCGGCUGCGCGCUGCCCGUCAAGUUCCCCUACUACAUCCUCGACGUGCCGGACGACUACAGCCACAUGAUCGUGGGCUCCAACGUCGGCAGCAGCUCCUACCUGUGGAUCAUGACGCGGGCGCCGCGGGUCGAGCCGGCCAGGCUCGAGGCGAUGAUCGACACGGCGUGCACCUUCGGCUUCUUGCGCGACGCGAUCCGCAAGCGCGAGCACGACCGGCCAGUCCCCGCUCUAGAGUAG